AUGACUAUUCGCUACGGGAAGGGCGAGAGCUCCGCCCUAUUCGAGCCUUUGACUAUUGCCAAUGGCAACAUUAAACUUAGCCACCGUGUCAUCCAUGCGCCACUGACCAGGAACCGAGGCGUCCCUCUGAAUUUUAACAGCACCCCGGAGAAUCCCAAUCGAAUUUGGGUUCCGGGUGAACUGAUCAAGGAAUACUAUGCCCAACGAGCCACGGAGGGAGGCCUGAUCAUUUCAGAGGGCAUCCCACCUUCCCUAGAGAGCAAUGGAAUGCCUGGCGUGCCAGGCCUUUUCACGCCCGAACAAGCGGAGGGGUGGAAAAAGGUUGUAGACGCCGUCCACGCCAAGGGAGCCUACAUCUACUGCCAACUCUGGCACGCCGGUCGUGCCACAAUCCCACAGAUGACCGGUGCGCCCGCCGUCUCAGCCUCGGCAAGUGUGUGGGACUCGCCUACAGAGUGCUACACCCACCCCCCUGUGGGGUCCACGGAGCCCGUCCCGUACGCCAAUCACCCGCCAAUCGAAUUGUCGCCUGCGCAUAUCAAGCAGACUAUCGCCGACUACUGCGGGGCGGCCAAGACCGCUAUUGAAAUUGGCUUCGAUGGCGUCGAGCUUCACGGCGGCAACGGCUAUCUGCCCGAGCAGUUCCUGAGCUCGAACAUCAACAAGCGCACGGAUGACUAUGGCGGCUCUCCGCAGAAACGGUGCACGUUUAUCUUCGAGCUUAUGAGCGAGCUGGCAAAGACGGUCGGAGAGCAGAAUCUGGCUAUUCGGCUUUCGCCCUUUGGGCUCUACAACCAGGCUCGGGGGGAGCAGCGCAUGGAGACUUGGACGCAUUUGUGCGAGGGGUUGAAGAAAAAUCAUCCUGCUCUGUCUUAUGUUAGCUUUAUUGAGCCGCGCUAUGAGCAAGUCUUCAGUGAGGAGGAGAAGGAGAAGUUCCUGGAGAGCUGGGGCCUGGGAGAUGUGACGCUCGACCGGUUCCGUGCCAUCUUUGGCUCCACUCCCUUCUUCUCCGCGGGCGGCUUUGAUGACAAGAACGCCUGGGGGGUGAUCGAGUCGGGCAAAUAUGAUGCUCUUAUUUUCGGCCGCUACUUCGUUAGUAACCCCGAUCUGGUUCACCGGCUGAAGAAUGGGUUGCCGCUGGCAGCUUACGAUCGAUCUCGAUUCUAUGGGCCGUUCGAGGACAAUGCGUUCCAUUAUACAGACUAUCCCUCCGCUCAGCAGGAGGCUUAG